UUCUAGAAGUACUGUAUUUAAGGAUGGGACUGCUGAUUGAAUAUGGAAAAUAGAUCACUACAGUCUCCAAGUUUGUGCACUCAAUACCUUUUACAUGAAUGCUAAAUUCACUUGCAAAAAAAUCAUUAAAAACAACUCCAAAUUCUAGUGUUUACACUCACAGCCCUAAUGCCUUCAUAAAGUCUAUGUAUAGUAAACAAUAUCCUAACACACCUUUAAUAAAUAGGUGACAAAUGUCUUAAAUGUCUUGUAUAUUUAACUCUUAUUUUCAAUAUGCAUUCUGAAUUCCAGAUAGAAAAGCCAUUAAAAAUUCUGAAUUACUACUGCCCAUUGAUUUGAUUACUUCGUGCCUCACUAUGUGCCUGUAAUUUAUAAUUAGCAACUUUUUUUUCCUUUGUCUUAAAUAGGUUAUCUUUUAAAAAUAGUGGGCCCUGUUAUGCACUGUCUUCUCAGACAAAACUCCUUGAAGUCUAUAAGAGUUUUACCUUGAUUUAAAAGUCAAAUCAAUAAAACACAAACUACUUGCUUAAGUUUAAGCACAUGCAAAAGUCUAUCCUUAUUCAGCAAAACUCCUAUGAGUGUGCUUGCAUACUUUGCCAAAUCAGGACCUUGGGGAGUGAGGAUCAGCCUCAGAGGGAAGUAAAAAACCAAGAACUAAAGGUCAUCGUAAAUGCACUUAUCCAGUCUAUUAAGAAACUUGCUGAUGUGAUGAUCCUGACCGUUUUCUGCUUGAGUGUUUUUGCCCUUGUAGGCGUCCAGCUCUUUAUGGGUAACUUGAAAAUGAAAUGUGUCCGUAACAAUACUGCAUUUGAUCAGAAAUUAUGUGAUGAUGCCAAGAUAAGUCAUGUAAAGGAGUCAGAUAUCUGCUACAGAAUGAAUAAUUCCCAGGAUGUAUUACUGUGCGGAUUCAGCUGGGAACUUGGCUCCUGUCCAUUGACACAUGUAACCCUUCUGCCAGGCGGAGUCGGCAACAACAAGGGCCAGGUACAAUAUCUAGAGGUUCGUACAGAAGAAAAUCAGUUUGAGCUCCCACACAGUUAUCUGGGAAAACUUAACACCACCCUGGGAGCCUCUAAGAGUAAGGAAUGUCCAGAGAACUAUUCCUGCCAGAAAAUUGGGGACAAUCCUGAUUUUGGCUACACAAGCUUUGAUCAUUUUGGCUGGGCCUUCCUCUCUGUUUUCCGUCUGAUGACACAAGAUAACUGGGAGCGUCUAUAUCGACAGACCAUCCGAACUUCUGGAAAGCCCUACAUGAUCUUUUUUCUGGUGGUCAUCUUCCUGUGCUCAUUUUAUCUCUUCAACUUGAUCCUGGCCGUAGUAACCAUGGCAUAUGAAGAGCAAAACAAUGCCACUCUUGCUAAAACACAGGCAAAGAAGAAAUUGUGUCAGGAAGCUGAGGAACUACUAAGGAAAGAGCAGGAGCAGAUAUCAGCAGACUCUGUAAGCAAUCCAGUUCGAAGACAAAGGAUAAUGAGCGCAACCAAUAUUAUUGCCAAUGCCACAAAGUCAAAACAGAAAUGUCCUUCAUGCUGGAAUCGCUUUGCCCAAAAAUAUCUCAUUUGGGACUGUUGCCCACUGUGGAUACAACUCAAGGAGAAAGUGAAGCUUAUAGUAAUGGAUCCAUUUACUGACCUCACUGUCACUGUUUGCAUUGUGGUGAAUACCAUCUUCAUGGCACUAGAGCACCAUAAAAUGACAAAAGCUCUUAGGAACAUGAUUAUUACAGGCAACAAAGUCUUCACUGGAAUUUUUACAGCAGAAAUGAUCUUCAAAAUCAUCGCUCUAGAUCCCUAUUACUAUUUUCAGCAGGGCUGGAAUAUUUUUGACAGCAUAAUUGUUAUGAUAGGCCUAAUAAGCACAAUUUUGGAACAAAAUUUGACAGUUUUCAGAUUGCUGCGGAUCUUCAAAUUGUCAAAGUCAUGGCAAGCCUUAAAUAAACUUGUGAAAAUCAUGUGUCAGUCAGUUGGUGCCUUGGGUAGUCUUCAACUGGUUUUAGGUAUCACUGUAUUUAUUUUUGCUGCAGUAGGAACGCAGGUUUUUGGAAAAUGUUACUGCAACAGCCCUAAACUAAGCACAGACGAUUUACGCUGGCAUAUGAUUGACUUCUUCCAUUCAUUCCUUAUUAUAUUCCGAAUUCUAUGUGGAGAAUGGAUUGAAACCUUGUGGGGCUGCAUGGAAGUAGCUACGAAAGAGCUGUGUCUUCCUUUUUUCUUGCUGGUCCUGGUGGUAGGAAACCUAGUGGUGCUUAACCUGUUCAUUGCCUUGCUGCUGAAUUCCUGCAAUACUGAUGAUCCAGCAACACCAGAUGAAGCUGAAAAGAGGACCAAGCUUCAGCUUGCCUUUUCUCGGAUUCGCAUGGGUCUGCAGUUUGUGAUACACAUAACAGGGGAUUUGUGUUGCAAAAUACUCAGACAAGGGCUGAAAACAAUGACCAACACGAAGGUUACGGUGAAAGUUACCGCACAGAACGUUGGUGGGAAUUACCAUGCCGCUAUAGAUAUGGGGGAAAAUUACACCGAUAAUGGGAUUUACCAAAACAAAGAGAAAUCCCCAAUGGCAAAGGAGUAUGAGGAUUUUAUGACCAAUUCUAACACAUUUGUUUGUGUCCCCCUUGCUGAGGCAGAGUUUUACAGUGAGGAUUAUGAUGAUGAGAAUAGCACAUAUACUGAAAUGGAAUAUACAGCAAUGCAGGAAAACGAACUAAAGCAUAGGAGAGAGAAACGAAAAAGCUCAGGGGUCUUAAGUCAGGCCUCUGGGACUUCUGAUACCAUAAGUAUGUUUUCCACCAUUACACAGAAGGAAAAACAAACAGAGGAAUUGGCGGGGAUCACCCAAUCGACUGAAAAAUUAGAUGCCCCUAAGGACUGUUUUACAGAAGGCUGUGUCCAAUGUGCCUUAUGCUGUGCAGUGGAUAUCACAAAGUUUCCAGGAAGUACUUGGUGGCGAUUUAGGAAAACCUGCUACCGAAUUGUUCAGCAUAGCUGGUUUGAAACUUUUAUCAUAUUCAUAAUUCUCCUGAGCAGUGCAACUCUGGCAUUUGAAGAUAUUUACCUUAAGGAAUAUGCAACCAUUCAAUACCUUCUGGUGCUUGCCGAUAUAAUGUUUGCUUACAUCUUUUUACUGGAGAUGUUUCUGAAAUGGGUGGCUUAUGGUUUCCAGAAGUAUUUCACAGAUUUCUGGUGUUUGCUUGAUUUCUUUAUUGUAUGUGUUUCAUUUAUAAAUGUUAGCAGCCAGGAAAGACCAGAAUUAUGUGCCAGCCAAAACAUCAAGUCUUUCAGAACCCUGAGGGCAUUGAGGCCCCUCCGAGCCUUAUCCAGAUUGGAAGGGAUAAAGGUAGUUGUGUAUGCCCUAGUAGGAGCUAUCCCUUCCAUCAUGAAUGUUAUGCUUGUCUGCCUUGUUGUCUGGCUCCCAUUUAACAUCAUUGGAGUGAAAGAAUUUCGUGGAAAGUUUUGGAAAUGCACUAACAAAUCAAGUGAUUUGAUUGAUCAAAUUAAAAGCAGAAAUGACUGUGAAAUCCAUAAUCAGAGUCAAUCCUUAAAAUGGGAGAAUGCUAAAGUCACCUUUGAUCAUGUUGGGAUGGGGUACUUGGCUCUUCUACAGGUGGCAACUUUUAAAGGCUGGAUGGACAUUAUGUAUGCUGCAGUGGAUUCACGUGAUGUAGACCUGCAGCCAGUAUAUGAACACCAUUUAUACAUGUACUUGUAUUUUGUGUGUUUUAUCAUGAUUGGAUCUUUUUUCAUGAUGAAUCUCUUCAUUGGAGUUGUUAUCAACAAUUUUAACCAACAAAGGAAAAAGUUAGGAGGAGAUCAUGUCUUUUUGACAAAGGAACAGAAAAAGUAUUAUAAUGCCCUGAAGAAACUUGGAUCCAAGAAACCCCAAAAACCCAUCCCACGGCCAUUGAACAAAUACCAAGGAUUUUUUUUUGACAUUGUAUCAAGCAAAGCUUUUGAGAUUACCAUUGUGACUCUCAUCUGCCUUAACAUGAUCAUUAUGAUGUUGACCAGUGAAGACCAAGAUAAAAAAAGCAAGGAUAUUCUUGAGAUAAUCAACAAGGUCUUUGUUGCCAUAUUUACUGGAGAGUGCAUCAUGAAAAUACUGGCUCUAAGACACUACUUCUUCACUGAUGGCUGGAAUAUAUUUGAUUUACUUGUUGUGAUCCUUUCAUUAGUUAGUGUUGGAGUUGCUGUUGUUUUAAAGUCUCCGUCAUUGUUGAGAAUCAUUCGUUUGGUGCGGAUUAGCCGAAUCCUCAGACUAAUACGGCAAGCCCAAGGAAUUAGAACUCUCCUUUUUACAUUAUUGAUGUCCCUUCCUGCUCUGUUCAAUAUUGGUCUCCUGCUUUUUCUGAUCAUGUAUAUUUAUGCUAUUUUGGGCAUGUCUUUCUUUGCCUGCGCUCAUUGGGAUGGUGGGAUUGAUAACAUUUUCAACUUCCAAACCUUCGGUGGCAGCAUGCUCUGUCUCUUCCAGAUCACAACAUCAGCCGGCUGGGAUGGCUUUCUUAACCCUUUCUUAAGGCCAAGAUCUGAUUCUUGCGCUCCAAAUUUAAAUAUACAACAUAUAGACAAUACUUCUUGUGUAAAUAGCUCUGUAGCAAUUAUAUAUUUUGUAAGUUAUGUCAUUAUAUCAUUUCUUAUUGUUAUAAACAUGUAUAUAGCUGUUAUUUUAGAGAACUUGAAUGUUGCUACUGAGGAAAGUACAGAGCCUUUAUGUGAAGAUGACUUUGAUAUGUUUUAUGAAAUAUGGGGGAAGUUUGAUUCUGAGGCGACUCAGUUUAUUGAGUAUUCUGCACUUUCAGACUUUGCAGAUGCUUUGGAAAAACCCUUACGUGUAUCAAAACCCAACAAAAUUCAGCUUAUAGUAAUGGAUCUUCCUUUAUUUAGUGGCGAUAGGAUCUACUACUGGGAUAUUUUGCUUGCUUUUAUCAAAAGAGUGUUAGGAGAAUCUGGGGAGAUGGACAAACUAAUGAUGGAGAAUAAGCUUAAGAUUGCCAUUCCAUCCAAGCUUGCUUAUAAACCAAUCACAACUACCCUUAGAAGAAGACAAGAGGAGCUUUCUGCCAUUAUUAUCCAAAGGGCCUUCCGGUCCUAUUUGAUUCAGUGUUCUAUGAAACAGGGCUCUUUUUCAUACCAACACAGAACAUGUGAGGGUAGCAUCUUUGAAGAAGAUGUAUCUGAGAAGGAAGGUAGCCAGUUAGAUAAAUCACAAAUUGCAUCUUCCAUUUCUUUCCCUCCAUCUUAUGAUAGUGUCACUGGGGACACUAAUGAUAACUUGCAGGUGACAAUUACAGAGUCAAGCAAAGCCAAUUAACUUAAAUGGAAAUAACCUUUUGAUUUCAGAAUAUAAUACUGUAACUUAACAAUAAUUAUAGUAGUCUUUAUUAAGAGUUGAUGAUUGCAUAAUCCUUACAAUGAUGAAUUUUUAGCUUUGCGAGUUCUCCCCAACAUGAGUAGGAGUUACGCAACUGAGUUCUAAAUAUUAGUUGCAAAUCAAACAAUGGCAAUUUUAUCUUUAGCUACUGAAGUAAAGUUUUCAACUUACUAUUAUACAAGAUCAUACCAGUUAUAUCAGUGGUUGCAUAUAAACAUAUUAGACUGUAAAACAAUAAAAAGCCUUGCUGUAUACAUUUAUUUUGAGUAAUACAAGUAUGUUUGUUAAUAGCAUUAGAUGACCUUGUGUUUGUUUAAAAAACAUGGUUUAUUGCAGUAAAAGGCAAAAUUUACUGUAUAUGUUGAAUGGUAUUGCCUAAUUUUUAUAUUUAGGCACCUAAGUAAAAGUGGCCUGGUUUUCAGAUUGCAGAGCACAUGCAUCUUCCACUCACUUCAGAGAAAGUUAUUGGUGCUCAGAACAUUUUGAAGAUCAAACUGUAUUUAUUUAGGUGCCUCACUUUAGGCAUCUAGAUUUGAAAAUUUGCCCUUAACCCAUCUGUAUCCCAAUUUGUUAGAAAAGGUGUGUGUGUGUGGGGGGGGGGGACAUGGGGGCAGGGGAGAAGGCUAUAGGAUGUUGUGUGGAUUCAUUAAAGUUUUUGAAGUGCUUUGGAAAUAAAAAGUGAUGUAUAUGAUUUUUCAUCAUCAUACUGCAACCAACCUGUCACAGAAAAUAUUACCUGGUAAUCUGAUGCAAAUUCAAGGCAUGUGUAUCUAGACAGAAGAUUUUGGGAGUAGCUGUUUUUCCCUACUGGCUGUGAGAUAAGUGUGAUGGGUUGGAUCACAGAAACCCGUUUGGGAGCUGCCACCUGAUGUGCCAAGACUACUUCUACCCCUGCUUUCCCUGCCAGGUCAGGACUCCAGCACCCUGUCUUGCUGAGCCAGACACUCCCAUCUGCUCC